AUGAAUCUGAUAAGCUAGUUGAGCCUGGAUUGUCAAAGCAGAUUGAUAGUGUGGUUAAGGGAUACUGCUUCAGAAUCAAUCAAGCAAAAGUUGGAUUUUGCUGGAAGUGAAUCUCAGAGAGUCUGAACCCACCAGUGUUAAUCUUUAUGCAAAGCAAGGAACGGGGAAAGGAACUUUAUGAAGGACUGAAAUUUGAAGAUAUUAGAGUUGAUGUCAUCCAUUCUGAUCUCUCCCAAGCACAGGUAUUCUUAUUUUCACUAUCAUUGGCUAUACUGGACUGUAUCCUUUUCUAACCUCCAAAUCAUUCUACAGGAGAUUACUGUAAUACAAGAUUGCUAAUGGAGAAAUUGUUCGCUUUUUUUACACACCUUUAGUUUGGCUGCCUGUUGGGAUUGUGAGUGUUAGGAGCAUCCUAGCAAGCCUCUAAGAUGGAUAGUUGAAAGUAAAAUGGAUUUUGAUGC